AUAAUCGGGUUUCUGUUUAGAUUCUCGGUAGCUUCUGCAUUUGCUACGUACCAUCUUGUAGACGAGUAUAAACUCGCUUCUGCAGCGAUGCAGGCCAGCGAGGAGGAGCUACAAGCAAGCACGGAGAAGGUGUCUGCACACGUCCGUCGUAUUGAAGCAGUGGAGAAGGACUUGACGGCGCUUGCUCAGAGUUCCGCAAGUAAAGACGACCUAUCAAGGGUUCGUGCAGAGCUCAAGAAAGUAUAUGAUGGACUACACAUUGGUACGUUUUUUACGCUUUGACGGCAGCGGACGGCCUUACAGACUUUGACAAGAAUUCCUUGAUUGAGAUCACAUGUGUGGGGCAUGCGUCAGUCAUUAUUGUGUUUAUUCGAUGUCUACCACUGACGAAACAUUUGGAACAGAACAAGAUUUGCAUUCAUUAGCCAAGAAGGACGCCACGUCUGUUCGUGUAUAGAAUAUAUUAUACCUAUAGAACUCCUUGAAAACCUCCCUUUGUCAAUGGU